UCAGUCACCCCUCCCGUGAAAGUGUGUAUUUGAGAGUGCGCACAGGAGCGGGCGCUCGCACUCCAGCUCUGUCUGCGUUCAGUCAGUCCCAAGCGCUUCUGACCCUCGCUCCUCUCUGGACAUUUCUCUUUUGCAGCCCAGCAACCCAUAAGCAGCCAUGGAUGCCAUUAAGAAGAAGAUGCAGAUGCUCAAGCUCGACAAGGAGAACGCCUUGGACAGAGCUGAGCAGGCUGAGGGAGACAAAAAGGCAGCGGAGGACAGGAGCAAACAGUUAGAAGACGAACUAAUUCAGUUGGAAAAGAGGUUGCGCGUAACGGAGGACGAGCGUGAUAAAGUGUUUGAGGAGUACCAGAGCGUCGAGGAGAAGCUCCUGUCCGCCGAGGAGGUCGCCACCAAGGCUGAGGGUGAUGUAGCUUCCCUGAACAGACGUAUCCAGCUGGUUGAGGAGGAGUUGGAUCGCGCACAGGAGCGUUUGGCCACUGCCCUGCAGAAGCUGGAGGAGGCCGAGAAGGCUGCCGAUGAGAGCGAGAGAGGCAUGAAGGUCAUUGAGAACAGAGCUCUGAAGGAUGAGGAGAAGAUGGAGAUCCAGGAGAUCCAGCUCAAGGAGGCCAAACACAUUGCUGAGGAGGCCGACCGCAAAUACGAGGAGGUGGCCCGUAAGCUGGUGAUCGUUGAGGCUGAGCUGGAGCGCACAGAGGAACGCGCUGAGCUGAAUGAAAGCAAAUGCGCUGAGCUUGAGGAAGAGUUGAAAACUGUGACCAACAACCUGAAGUCGCUGGAAGCCCAGGCUGAGAAGUACUCACAGAAAGAAGACAAAUACGAGGAGGAGAUCAAGGUCCUCACUGACAAACUAAAGGAGGCCGAGACCCGUGCCGAGUUCUCUGAGAGGUCAGUCACCAAGCUUGAGAAGACCAUUGAUGACCUUGAAGAUGAGUUGUAUUCCCAGAAACUCAAGUACAAAGCCAUCAGCGAGGAGCUGGACCACGCUCUCAACGACAUGACUUCAAUGUAAUUCAUCUGCGGUCUCUGCCUGUGCCUGUGCCCCUCCCCCAUUACCCAUAAUCCCCCUCUCACCCUCUCUGAAUAAGGUCUUGUAUCAUCAGUUCACACACUAUAUGACUCAUUCUUCUGUUUAAAAACUCUAUCUCUAACUCUACAAUGCUUAUGGUUCCUGUACUGUUAUUUGAGGUAUUUGAAGUAUUUGCUUAUUGCAAAUUUGUCCAUGGGUGUUAAUGUUAAGGCCAUGGCUUGUAGAGUCAGUGUAUAGGAGUUUUGUGAUUGGAAUUCAUAACUAUUGUAUUACUUCAUUUGAAAUAAUAUUGUGAGAAAACAAAACUCCUAACUCUCAAAUGUUUCAUUCAAUUGUUGCUGGUCAGUACUAGGUCUGGGUGAUAUAGCUUUAAAAGUUAGUUUAU